AUGACCAAGUACGCCAAAGAUCAGCCCGCCGGCUUCAAAAAUGCCAUUGAAAGAAUCGCCAUUGUUGGUGCCGGAGGCACCAUUGGAUCACACAUCGUCGCUGCCCUCCUCAAAACCGGAAAACACACAGUCACGGCCCUCUCCCGCAAAGACAGCAGCAACAAACUCGCCGAGGGCGUGAUCGUUGCCCCAGUUGACUAUAACGACGAGGCAACCAUUAUCGCCGCCCUCAAGGACCAGCAAAUUCUGAUCAUCACUAUGGCCCCCACCGCGCCCCGAGACACCCACAGCAAGCUCGUCCAGGCAGCCGCCAAGGCUGGUGUUCCCUACGUCAUGCCCAACAGUUACGCCGGCGACAUUGAGAACAUCAAACUUGGGCAGGACACAAUUCUAGGACCCGUGGGAAAGGCCAACAGGGACGAGAUUGAGAGGCUCGGCAUGCAGUGGAUCUCCGUGUGCUGCGGGUUCUGGUACGAUUACAGCCUGGCGGGCGGUGAAGCGCGCUUUGGGUUCGACUUUGAUAAGCGUUCCGUGACACUCUAUGACGAUGGCAACACCAAGAACUCAACGUCCACCUUGUCGCAGGUUGGACGUGCCGUGGCCACAGUUCUGAGCCUCAAGGAGCUUCCCGAGGACGAGAGCGACAAGAGUCUUACUGUAUCUGGGUACCUGAACAAGGGCGUGUACCUCAAGAGCUUUGUGGUCAGCCAAAACGACAUUUUUGAGAGCGUUAAGCGCGUCACAGGCACUACUGAUGCUGACUGGACGGUUACCCACGAGCCCACCAAGAAGCGAUACGAGGAGGGCCUUGCGCUGGUUAAAGUUGGUAACAUGUCUGGUUUCAGCAAGAUGCUGUACGCCAGGGCGUUUUACCCGGAUGAUAAGAGUGAGUUCUCGGCUAAGGCGCAGAAUGAGCUGCUUGGAUUGCCGGAGGAGAGCCUGGAUGAGGCUACCAAGUCUGGGAUUGACAUGGUCAAGGAACUGCAGAGCCGUGUUGAGCGCAUGGCCUCAUAG